AUAGGGAUGUGAGGAAAGAAAUUGAUAGCGCUUACAGUAAGAGGUGAGAAAGAGAGACAAAUCGGCAGAAGCAAGGAGGCUGAGAGCGAGAGAGCAACUGCACGCACUGUAACUCCUAACUUCCCAGAUCGUCUUCUUCCUCUUUUCUCUCCGGUGAUUGUUGGAACUCAGAGAGCUUCUUUGAUGGAACAGUACGAGAAGGUUGAGAAGAUAGGCGAAGGAACAUACGGCGUCGUUUACAAGGGUCGCGACCGCGUCACCAACGAGACCAUCGCGUUGAAGAAGAUUCGCCUCGAGCAGGAGGAUGAGGGGGUUCCCAGCACCGCCAUUCGCGAGAUUUCUCUCUUGAAAGAAAUGCAGCACAGGAACAUUGUUAGGUUGCAGGAUGUAGUGCACGAUGAGAAGAGUUUGUAUCUGGUUUUUGAGUACCUUGACUUAGAUCUAAAGAAGCACAUGGAUUCAUCUCCAGAAUUUGCAAAAGAUCCACGACAAGUAAAAAUGUUCCUGUACCAAAUUCUCUGUGGCAUUGCAUACUGUCAUUCACAUAGAGUUCUUCAUCGAGACUUAAAACCACAGAAUUUGUUGAUAGAUCGCAGCACUAAUGCACUGAAACUUGCAGAUUUUGGAUUGGCCAGGGCUUUUGGAAUUCCUGUUAGGACAUUUACACAUGAGGUGGUAACACUGUGGUACAGAGCUCCGGAAAUUUUGCUUGGAUCCCGUCAGUAUUCUACCCCAGUUGAUAUUUGGUCAGUGGGAUGCAUAUUUGCAGAGAUGGUAAAUCAACGACCACUUUUCCCUGGGGACUCUGAGAUUGAUGAAUUGUUUAAAAUAUUCAGAAUCAUGGGUACACCAAAUGAAGAUACAUGGCCUGGAGUGACAUCAUUGCCAGAUUUUAAAUCAGCCUUUCCCAAAUGGCAACCUAAGGACCUGAAAAAUGUGGUUCCAAAUCUUGAGCCAGCUGGUCUUGAUCUUCUUUCUAGCAUGCUUUACUUGGAUCCCAGCAAAAGAAUUACUGCUAGGAGCGCUCUUGAGCAUGAAUACUUCAAAGACAUUAAAUUUGUACCCUGAUUUCUUAUCUUCAAGGCUGAGGUGUCUUAUUAGUAUGUGUAGCAUUUAUGGGUUUUGACUCAAACGCGUGUUGUCCUUGCUUUUUUCUUCAAUGCUUUUGGACCGAAUCAUAUUUCAUUUAUUUGUUCUUACAUUUUUAUUUAGUAUGUGUGAUCUUGUUACCUAUUUACCCGUUUAAUGUAUUAGUCUCGAUGCAAUGCAACUAGCAAAUUUCAGUUUGCUUGACUUGUUUGUACUUAAUGCUGAAUGUUGCUUAGCACGGGGCAUGUAAAAUUGGCUACUGUUCCUGUCUGUAAACUGCUUUUAUCUGCUUUCCCAAAUUGGUAUCAGGACAUAAGUUCCAUGAACAACA